UUAAUUAUCACUUCAGAUAAUUAGAUCCAUAUACAUUCUCAUAUUUAGUUCCUACUAUAUUGCUCACCGCACCAAAUAACCGAGAGCGAGCACUACGCACUACCACGCCCUACUCAUUACCACUACCCAAAAACCAAAGCAAGAUAGCAAACAUGGCAGAUCACGGGCAGGAGAUGAUCCGUGCUGCUACAGCGACGCCUGCGGCCUUGUACAACGGCGCCGCUACCACGAGCAGCGGGCUUCCAGUCACCCGUGGCGGCGGCGAUCACUGGUGGAGAACGGCCUUGGCGCCCCCGGUCCCAUCGUGCUCGGCACCGGAGAUGCCCGGGUUCAACGCAUGGUCUGCAGAGUCACCUAGAUCGAACUCAAUCGCCGGAAGUUCCAUCACUUUCCAAGAACCCGCCGGUGUCCCCGAUCCGGCCACCAUCGCCGCUGACUGGAACCAGCCUUUCCUGGACGGAUCUGGACUCUCUGGAUACAUGAGCUCGAGAAGCGAUCAAGAUCAUGGCAACCCACCAAGUCUGAUGAGCCCCUCGUCAUCAAAUAAUAACAGCAGCAUGAUGCUGCAGCUACAAGAUCACCACCAUGACCAGAACUACCAGUUCCUGUCCACUCUCGGGUUCGAGCUGCUCUCCUCGCCGGGGGCUUCUCCGUACGGCAGCAAUUCCCGGUCGCCCUCGCUGUUGAGAAGCCUCACGGAGCCGUCUGCGGCGGGGAAGCCUAAUUCACCCGCGGCGGCGUUCCAGAGGUACCAUGCACCGGCGACGUGCCAGGCGGCUGCGACAAGCAUCAACGGCAGCAACACGUCGUUUUGGAACCCUUCCACCGGGUUCGACUCAGCAGCAUACGCGGCUAGCCUCGAAGGACCAUCGCCGGCGCCGCAAUCUAGGUUGGCGCCAAGCCUUUCCACGAAGAAUGCGUCGGAAGGAGUAGGAGACUCAACCUCCAUCCCCACUAAGAAGAUGAGUACCACUGCGACAACACCGCCGCUCAAGAAAAAGAGAACCGAGACACAACCAUCAACGUUGCCGACCUUCAAAGUGAGGAAAGAGAAGCUAGGAGACAGAGUCACAGCACUGCAACAACUAGUCUCCCCUUUUGGCAAGACGGACACGGCUUCGGUGCUCCAUGAGACUAUCGAGUACAUCAAGUUCCUCCACGACCAAGUUGGUGCACAUAGUGCUCCUUACCUAAAGAAUCGGCAACAAGUGCCCCACUCCAAGUUUCAGAGUUCAUCGACAAACGGAGAUGAGGCCGCGGCAGAGAAGAGAGACCUUACUGGUCGGGGGCUGUGCUUGGUCCCGGUAUCGAGCACCUUCGCGGUGGCCAGCGAGACACCGGUCGUCGAUUUCUGGAAUCCGUUCGGUGCAGUUUUCCGGUAGAGAUCGACCAUAAUACUUUCUCUCUACUGGUUAGCUUGAUUAAUAAGCAACACCUAAUUAAAUAUGGUCCUAAAAAAUCAAACCACAACCUUGGUACACGAUUACACAUAGGUGUAGCUGCAUUUGGUAUAUGGCUAGAUGAAUCUUUGGAAUGAGUGCUUGAAGACUUGGAUUCAUUCUUCGGGUUCAUCAGAUAACACUGAGCAAGGUGAAACUGGACUAAUUAUACAUUACGUAUAUCCUGCUUGUAAUAACAGGUGACACCUAUUAAUUGUUGUAAAUUUAUCUGGAUAACUAAUUAACCUGUAAUAGAUUUCAUACUUCAGUUUU